AUGGCGGAGCCCUCUCUGUUGCCGCCACUGGGGCAGAUUACUUCAGAUAAUCAUGGCGCGAUCGUGUCACUUUUCACCUUCAUAUUUCUCUCAUGUACGGUAAUUGUGGUGCUGGCUAAGAUCGCGUCGAUGCUCUAUCUGAAGCGCUCAGUCCCUUCAAUUGACAUACCAAUUUGGAUCUGCAUGGUUGUUGCAUUCGUUCAAAGUAUUCUAAUCCAAGUCGCCGUCAAUCAUGGCAUGGGGAGACACCGCAGUGAGGUUUCCAGUGACUCAUUCGAGGCAUAUAACAAGCUCAACUACGCGGCCGAGCUUCUCUUGCUCCUCGUGCUCACACUGUCCAAAGUGUCAACCGGCAAUCUCAUCCGCUCAAUCAGCCCGAGCACAUCAAUUCUUCGAUGGUGUCUCAUGGUACAGAUCGGAGUCGGUGUUUGGAUGCUGCUCGCGCUCUUCGGGACUGCCUUUCAAUGUCCUGCCCCGUACUGGGAAUAUUCGCCUAGCCGCUGCAUAGGAAAGGGUGCGAUCAUAUACCCGAUCAUGAGUUUGAACAUGGCACUUGACGCAGCUCUUAUCGUCCUUCCAAUUAUAAUGCUAAGGAAUGUGCAAAUGCCCCGUAUCCAACGCCUCAAGGUUUCAUCCGCAUUUGUGUCUCGUUCAUUGUGGGUUCAAGCUCGGUCAAGUAGGAAUAUUGCUGACGAGCCAAGGGUAAUUGUCUUGAAUAUUGUCCAAACGACGUAUUUGACGCAAUAUCUCAAUUCAACUGAUUCAACUUGGACAAUCGUCAGCGUGACUGCUUGUAACCAGGCAAUGAUGAACAUCAGUAUCAUCACCGCUUGCAUCCCGAGUCUCUACCGUGUGAUCACCAGUCUAGCCGUGGGGAUGAACACUGUCCAUAUGUUCGAGGGGACGGAGCUGAGCUCCAUAGCAAACUCUAAGAAGCCCAACUCGCACUCAACGCCCAAAUCCUUCAGAUCAUCCAGGUUGAGUCGCCGCCGAGAGAGUACCUUGAUAUCAAACCUACGUACAGUCACGCGCAACGGAGACAGAGACGAGAGUACUGAAAGCACUAGGAGGAUGGUGAGCCAGCCUUGA